AGCUGGCGAGCCCGCCUACUCCUGCUCCUGCUGCUCCGCUUCCGCGCCGCCGCCGCCGCCGCCGAGCAGCGACAGCGAGGGCGCUGAGGGGGCUAGGGUUUUAGCUCUCGGCGGCCAUGGCCUACCACCACCUCCUCCUCUCGCCGCCGCACCCGCACCCGGCGCGCCUCUCGCUCGUCACCUCCCGCCGCCGCCCGCGCGCGGGCCGUGUCGCCGCCGCCUGCUCCCCGUCGCCGUCGGCGCUGGCGGCGGGGAGGAGGGCCGUGCUCCUGGUCGGCGUCUCGGUGCUCCCGCUCCUCCGCCUGCGCGACGCCGCCUUCGCGGCGGCCGCGGCGCGGCCGCCGUCGACGACGACGGUGGAUCUCGUCACUGAUAGAAUGGACACUGUGAAGACUGAGGAGACUCAACCUGAAGAACCUUCGGCUGAGGAAUCUCUGGCUGAGGUGAAAGUACCACCUGCAGUGAAUCCACUUGCAGGUCUUCUGAAUGCAAUCGCAGUUAUUGCUUCUGGUGUUUUUGCUGGACUUUUUGGUGCUUCUCAAAGGGAAAAAGAGGCGUUGCAAUCUACCGUCUCAACUAUGGAGAUCAAGUUGGCUGAAAAUGAGGCAGCAAUGUCCAUGCUUAGGGAAAACUAUGAGAAACAGAUAUGGAAUGAACAUGCAGAACAAAAGAAACAGGCUAGGAUGUUCCAGGAGAAGGAAGCUUCCCUUCUGGAUCAAUUGACUUUGACUAAGAGAACAGUAACAUCUUUAAACGAGGAAGUGAGAAGGGAGAAAGAACUAGUUGAGCAGCUUAAACAAGAGAUACAUCGACUUAAGAGUAGCAUUGCACAAGCAGAAGACGACAAACAUGUGUUUGAAGGCAAACUGAGAGAGAAGUUGGAAGCACUUGAUAGUUUACAGGACAAAGUAAAUCUGCUCAGCCAAGAGGUGAAUGCCAAGGAGGAAGCCAUCAGGGAACUAAGCUCAUCACUCUCUUCCAAGGAAGAAGACUAUCAGAAGCUGCAGUUGAUCUACAAUGAAACCGAAGCAAGCCUAGAAUAUGCAGAUUCUAAAAUAGAGCAACUGGAGGAGGGUUAUUCUGCAACUAAAGAUGAUCUGAACUCAAAGAUGUGUUCAAUUGAUUCAUUGAAUAAGGAAGUCCAAACACUAUACACUGCACAAACUGGAGCAGAAGAAAAGAUAAGUGAACUAAAGAAACAGUAUGCAGACCUUGCAGCUGCUUCUGAGUUGAGGGCAUCUUGUGAUUCUGAACUACUGAUCGAGAAAGAUAACCUGCUCAACCAGCUUGAAGAAAAACUAUCUGCUGCAUUAAGUGACACUAGUAAGAACAAAAUUAUAAUUGCUGAGCUGAACAAUGAAUUGGACACCAACAGAACUAUGCUAGAUAAUGAGGCUGAAGCUCAUAAGAAAUUAUCAGAGAUUCUUCAGUCCACUGAAGGGGCACUAACAGAUUACAGAGACAAGGUGUUCAACCUCUCUGAAGAGCUUAAUAGAGUGAAGAUAUCAAAUCAGCAAUUGAUAACCCAGAUUACGAAGUUGACAGACGAGUCCAAUAUAGCGAAACAGGUUCUGACUAACAAAAUUGCAGAGGCAGAAGCAGUUUCUAAAGUUCUUUCAGAUGAAUUAGCAUCAGUAAGGGAUGUACUUCAAAAGACACAAGAAAAGCUUGAUGUCACUUCUAAUCAAUUAGUGUCAACUAUGGAAGCACGUGAGGACCUUAAUAAAGAACUGCUGGAUGCAUACAAGAAGUUAGAGUCUGCAACAGAUGAGCUUGUUAGAGAACGUAAAAUUAAUGCUACUCUAAACAGGGAGCUUGAGGCAUUGGUGGAACAAUCGAUUGUAGAAUCUGAAGCACGACAAGCUCUUCAAGCAGACCUUGAUGAGGUGACCAAUUCACAAAAAGAGGUGGAUGAGAGUACACAGUUCCUGUCUGAGAGGCUGGAUAGCGCAAAUUCUAGGAUUUCUUCUAUUGAACAAGAGAAAGAGAUGCUUUCAGAGGCUCUUGAGCAACAAAAGAGAAGUACAAUGGAAGCUCAGAAAGAUAUGGAGGAUGCUCAGAAUCUUAUGAGAAUGAUUGGAACGGAGAGGGAGAAUUUUGAAACGAUGUCUAAGAAACUUGAAGAGGAAUUGGCCACAGCAAAAGGUGAGAUAUUGAGACUGAGGCGGCAGAUCAGCGCAAGUGGAUAUCUGAGAACAGAACUUGCGGAAACAAGUGUGACAUCAAAUACCUCUCAACCUGAGCAAGAUGUGAAUGACCCUGAUCAGAGUAGCAACAAUACCGGUGCUGGAGACACUCGUUCUCCUACAAGGAUUUAUAGGAGAAGAAAAACUAAACGGGCUACAUGAGCAUUAUAAGAACACCGCAAGCUAGAAUAUCGUCCUUGUGUUCCUCUGGUUAUUCACCUUACAAAAACAUUAUUUGAAACUUUGAACCUAGAAUAUCGUCCUCUCCGGUUGUUCUCUUGUCUCUAGAGAAACCAUUGGUGUAGUUCUGUGAGUUCCGAUCAAGUCUGAAUGUAGUGGAGUACUCCCUCCGUUUCAAAAUGUUUGACACCGUUGACUUUUCAGUACGUGUUUGAGCAUUCGUCUUAUUCAAAAAAUUUAAGUAA